UUAUUUAUUUUGACUGACAGGUAGUUGUAAAACAUUCUCAUUUCCGACGAACGCGUACUUUCUAGUUUUGAUUCUUUUCAACAUUGCUGUUGGAGGAACUUCCGGUGUUCCGUAAUUUUCCACCGUGGCUACGCCGUUGCCCGCGAUUAUGGAAGCGCUGUAGCUUGUGUCUAGGAUUUAUAAAAAAAAAUGCCAUAACGCGCCGUGUACGUCGGGCGAACGCCAGACGCGUGUGUUUCACUUUUCCGCGAGAGUGCAGAGGGGCUUGCUCGAUACGCGUCGGGGGAAAGCGGGCUAUAAAGACGGUGGCAUCUUGGGGGGAAGCAUUCAGUAAAGUCUGGACAUUGACCAGAUCGUGAGAGACUUUGGUAGACAUGAGAAUUUUGUUUCUCACGGUGUUGCUGGCGGGGCUGCUGGCCUUGGCCGUAUGUGAGAAGAAGAAGAAGGAGAUUACGAGUAAGGAGAUCGAAAAUGUCGAACACGAGAAAAAACAGGAUAAGCGCGGGCUGAGUCACAUCGAGACAGGCCACAUCGACUUUGGAGGACACGACGGCGGCGACGGUGGCGGCUUUGAAAUUGGUCACGGUGAUAUCGGCGGCGGAGAUUUUGGUGGUGGUCACGACAUUGGCGGCGGUUAUGAGGGCGGUUACGGUGGCGGCGGUGGCGGUGGCGGUGGCGACGACGGUGGCAAGAUCAAGCAGAUCACGAUCGUGAAGACCGAGAAGGUGCCCUAUCCGGUCGAGAAGAAGGUUCACUACCCGGUGGAAAAAGAAAUACCGUAUGCGGUUAAAGUGCCAGUACCCCAGCCCUAUCCGGUCGAGAGGAAGAUCCCGGUGCCGGUGAAGGUUUUGGUAAAAGUGCCGGUUCACAUACCGCAGCCGUAUCCGGUCGAGAAGAAGGUGCCCUAUCCGGUUCACGUGCCGGUAGAGAGGCCGGUGCCCUACAAAGUAUACAUCCCCCAGCCGUAUCCGGUCGAGAAGAAGAUACCGUAUCCAGUGAAAGUACCGGUACCGCAGCCGUUCCCAGUGGACAAGCCCGUGCCGUACACUGUGAAGGUCCCGGUGCAUGUAGCGCAACCCUUCCCCGUGGAGAAGCCGGUACCGUACCCCGUGACAGUGCCCGUCGAACGACCGUACCCAGUACACGUGAUUAAACCGUACCCGGUUCCAGUUGAGAAACCAGUACCCUAUCCAGUCGAGAAGAAAGUACCCUACCCAGUCAAGGUUCAUGUGGAGCGACCGGUAGGAGUGCCCGUAGAGAAACCAGUGCCCUAUCACGUUAAGGUACCGGUACCGGCGCCGUAUCCGGUGGAGAAGCCGGUGCCAGUACCGGUCGAGAAGCCGGUGCCCUACCCUGUAAAAGUGCCUGUCGAACGACCCGUGCCGGUUCACGUGACGAAGCCAGUGGCUGUUCAUGUGCCCAAGCCGGUACCGUAUCCCGUAAAAGUGCCGGUGGCGGUACCAGUGCACGAGCAUGAGUCCGGAGGGGGUGAUUACGGGGGUGAUUACGGGGGUGGUUACGGAGGUGGUUACGGAGGUGGUUACGGAGGUGGUUACGAGUCCAGCUUCGGGGGUCACUCGGGAUAUUAAUAUCAAAACGCGUGGCAGUGGGGGAUUUUCUGCUUCGACUCGAAAAGAAAUUAACGAGAGAGGGAAGGAAGCGCGUUGAGAUGAAAUAAAUAAUAAUCAAAGAAGAAUUUGUUAAUUCGACUCAACGCGAUUUCGGUUCACAAGGUUGUAUAUAAAAGUAUUAAAAUGUACAUAUAUAUUCGUGGGAAAAACUAGAAUUAGAUCGUUGAUUUGUAUAAAUUAAAUUCGGAAUAGAGACUGGGUAUAUAGAGGUCUAUAGAGGGACCUAAUUCUUGUAAAUUCUCCACUGCAUCGUACGAGCGGACGCGUCGGCGCAUGACGGAAUAUCGCGGUAACAUUUCUUCUACAUUUUGUUUUUCAAACGCAUUGCAUCGAGGGGGAAAUCAUAGAGCAAUGUGAUUUACAACGCGGUCAACGGCUGAUCUUUCAUAUACGGGAGCGUUAACGAAGCGUUUCCUCGGCACUCGCGAGUCUCGAAUUUGUAUACUCGUUCGAAGUGCGAGUCCGCGAGGAAAACGCGGACGUAUUUAUUUUCCUAACUUAACGCCGUUUUCGCUGCGGGGGGUCCGACGAGGAAGAUGAGUCUGCAGAACAGCCGUUUUUGCGCCGCGAAGGAUGAUUAUGGGUCUCCGAGUCUGCUUAGACAGCGCUAACGAUUUCUUAGAUAUAUAGUAUCGACACCUUAAGUACCUACGAGAACACGUGUACUGUGUUUUUUACGACGUUCGGAACAUGUAACGGACGUCUCUGUACGAUGUCUUUCGCUUCUUUCUAAUAAAACCAAAGAGCAAAACGACAGCCUUGGAAUUCAUCCUAGCCUCAUUGCCAUUCUCUAGAAGAGAUCUGAAAACUUAUUUUUAUAUGCUUGACCUUCUUCUCAAUAAAUCUUGCAUACUAAGCAA